AUGCCUUUCAAGCAGAACAACGACGACUCUGUCACCCUCACUCAUCCCAGCGGAUCAUCUGCAAAGGUCCUCCUCUACGGCGCUACCGUUAUCUCAUGGGAAGUUGAAGGCAAGGAGCGUCUCUUCCUCAGUUCCAAGGCCAAGUUGGACGGAACCAAGGCUGUACGUGGAGGUAUCCCUCUUGUCUUCCCCGUCUUCGGUAAAGCUACAGAAGGACCCGCUGCCGCCCUACCUCAGCAUGGUUUCGCUCGCACCUCAACCUGGGAGCUUCUCGGCAUCAAGAAUGACAACGACGAUGUAGUGGCUGUGCAAUUCGGUCUUGAGGUCGAGAACAUUGAUCUCGAAGCACAGAAACAAUGGCCAUACAAGUUUGGAUUGAUCUACACCGUCGAGUUGGGCAAGGACACACUGAAGAACACUAUGGAGAUCCGAAAUGAUGCUGAUGCUGAGGACUUUGACUUCCAAAUCCUCUUCCACUCAUACCUGGCCGUUGGGGACGUUUCGGAUGUUGAGGUCAAGGGACUUGAGAAGGUGGAUUACAGAGAUAAGACUCAGGGCGGUAAGGUCUUGACUCAGGCCGCCGAGUCUGAGGCUCGUCUUGACAUUACCUCCGAGACUGACCGUCUCUACGUCGCUCCUUCAGGGACCAGCACUACCGUCCUCGAGAAGGAUCAGGCCGUUGUCGAGGUCCAGAGGCAGAACUUGAAGGACGUCGUCGUGUGGAACCCAUGGGAGAAGGCACCGCAGAACAUGGGCGAUUUCGGGCCCGAGGAUGGAUGGAAGAGGAUGAUUUGUGUCGAGGCUGGUAGUGUUGCGGAAUGGCAUAAGCUUAAGAAGGGAGACAGCUGGACUGGCUCUCAGGUUCUUAAGGCGUUGCUUUGA